AUGGUAUUAAUCGUCCACUUGGUGAUCUUCACGAUCAUUCUAGCAGUCAUUCUGCGCGCUUACAGAAACAAAGCCAAUCUACCCCCAGGACCGAAGGGCAAAUUCCUCAUUGGGAAUUUGUUCGAUCUUCCCUCGGCAGGAACACAGGAAUGGCAGCAUUGGCUAAAGCACAAAGACCUCUACGGUAUUGUCUCACCCAUUGUGUUUGAACAAAGACUGAACCUCGCAGGUCCCAUCAGCUCCGUCACCGUCCUUGGCCAAACACUCAUUAUCGUCAACGAUCGAGAUCUGGCGUUCCAAAUCCUAGAAAAGAAUUCUAUAAAGCAUUCAUCACGACCACACCUCGUCUUUGCCCAUGACCUAGUGAUUGGAACAAGAGAGUCUGCGGCCAAAUUUAAUGGUUUUCUCGAAUUAGAGGCCAGACGGUUUGCAUACCGGGUUCUGCAUGCGCCGGAGAAGUUCAUUGAUCAUAACCGGACUGGGGAAGACCCAUUGGUACGCCUGGCCAAUCUUGCAGUGUGGCGGUUCGCCGAAGCCGCCGUGCCGGGUGCGUGGCUGGUUGAUUUCAUCCCGGCCUUGAAAUAUGUCCCGGAAUGGAUGCCCGGGGCUAAUUUCCAGCGAGUUGCCAAAGAACACCUUCGAACUAUCACGAGAUUCGCAGAGAGUCCAGUUGCAUUUACCAAGUCUCAAAUAGACCGGGGUAAAGACAGACUGUGUUUUGUUUCGACGCUUCUCCGACAAGGCGAGGAUGAAGAAAUCGUCAAAUGGUCAGCGGCAGCAAUCAAGACUACUGCAAUUCUAGAAGGCUUCUUUUUGGUCAUGAUGCUGUUCCCGGAUGUGCAACGUAAAGCCCAAGCCGAGAUGGACGAGCUGUUCGGCAAACCUACGUUGCCAUCGGCGACCGAUCGAGAAAGGCUGCCGUAUGUGAAUGCUAUCGUCAAGGAAGCUAUCAGAUGGCAUACUGUCGCGCCCAUGGGCAUCCCUCACAAAACGGACGAAGACGAUAUCAUCAAUGGGGCAUUCAACAAUGAUCCGACGAUAUAUCCCAAUCCCCGGGAGUUCCGACCCGAACGAUUCCUCUCCGAGCCAGCUGCUCUUGAACCAGAAGAUGUGAGCUUCGGUUUCGGUCGCAGAAUUUGCCCUGGACGGUUGAUUGCUGAAACUUCCAUCUUCCUUACGAUUGCACAUACGCUGGCCGUCUUCGAGAUCAAAAAGCCUACAGAAAAUGGUCAAGAAAUCGAGCCGAAUGUCUAUUGUACACCAGGCCUUUUGAGCCAUUUCGAUCCUUUCCAUGCCAUUCUUACCCCACGCAGUCAGCAGCAUGAACAGCUCAUUGUGGAUUUCGAGAAAGAAUUUCCCUUUGAAAUGGGCGAUUCGGAGGUCUUGGCAGAGGUCUAUCAUUAA